AUGAACACUAUCAUCGCCGUAUUGGCGAUCGUUGGAGCUGCGUAUAGUGAAGUGAUCAAGAACCAGUGGCUAUCACUGGAUUGGCAAAACUUCUUGGACAGAGGGACACCUCCAUGGACGACCACUCCACCGCAAAAACACCUCUCCAAACCUCCUCCACUGAAGACUACACCGCAAGCUGUACAAGCUACGAAUGAUGGAGAGCUUCUUGGCUGGAGACCAGAGUAUGGAAUGUUAGCGGAAAUGCCUCCAUGGAUGUUCCCCUUCUGGACUCCGCAGUAUCGUAUUCCACAGACUCAUCAAGCAGCGCCCCUCAGACAUCACAAGAAAAGAAGGGUUCAGCGCAUUCCACCAAAACCCCGAAUCGUGCCAGGGCCUAUGUAUGGGCAAGUGAUUGAUUCCAUCACUGGAACAGAAGCACUUCCACCGAUGCCCACUACGCCGGAACCUAUCGUACAUCCUGUACAACAA